AUGGCGAGUGCGCGGCUGCCGAAGCUGGCCCGGCGCUACAGGCUGGUCAUCGCCACGGCCUUGGCCAUCCUGCUGCUGCAGGGCCUGGUGGUGUGGAGCUUCAGCAGCCUGGAGGAGGAGGAGGAGGAGGAGCCGGGGGAGGUGAAGAAGGGGCGCCAGUGGAAGCCGCGUCUGCCAGACCCCGGCCUGGGCUCCAAGGACCCGGACAGCUCGGCCGGGCGCAGGGGCGGGGCGGGCCGGAAGCACGGACGCUGGCGGGGCCGCACCGAACACCCCGGCGUUCACGUGGCCAAGCUGGCGAGGGCGGUGACCAGCCAGCACCGAGUUGGGCGGCGCCCCUCUGUGCCCGCACCAGAGCCGUCCGCCCGCCGGAACCUCAGCGCCAGGGCCGCGCAGCUGGCGGGCGGCUUCCAGCACGGGGACACGGGUAGCGUGGAGGGGGCCCCGCUGCCCACCGAGAGCGGCUUCACCCCCAAGUGCGAGAUCGUGGGCAAAGACGCCCUCUCGGCCCUGGCCCGGGCCAGCACCAAGCAGUGCCAGCAGGAGAUUGCCAAUGUGGUGUGUCUGCACCAGGCGGGGGGCCUCAUGCCCCGGGCGGUGCCCCGUCACUGUCAACUCUCCGGGAAGACGGGCCCGGUCAUCCAGUGGGAUGAGAGCCGGGCCCAGGAGCUGCCGUCUCCCAAGGGGCCACCCGUGCGCAUCGCCUACAUGCUGGUCGUGCACGGCCGGGCUGCGCGCCAGCUCAAACGCCUCCUCAAGGCCGUCUACCAUCAGCAGCACUACUUUUACAUCCAUGUGGACAAGCGCUCCAACUACCUGCACCGGGAGGUGGUGGAGCUGGCCCAGGCCUAUCCCAACGUGCGGGUGACCCCCUGGCGCAUGGUCACCAUCUGGGGUGGGGCCAGCCUCCUGAAGAUGUACCUGCGCAGCAUGAGAGACCUGCUGGAGGCCCCUGGCUGGGCCUGGGACUAUUACAUCAACCUCAGCGCUACUGAUUACCCCACCAGGACCAAUGAUGAGCUGGUAACAUUCCUGACCAGGCACCGAGACAAGAACUUCCUCAAGUCACACGGUCGGGACAACAGCAGGUUCAUCAAGAAACAGGGCCUGGACCGGCUGUUCCACGAAUGUGACUCUCACAUGUGGCGUCUGGGGGAGCGGCAGAUCCCCGAAGGCAUCGUGGUGGACGGGGGCUCCGACUGGUUCUCCCUGACGCGCAGCUUCGUGGAGUAUGUGGUCUACACCCGCGACCCCCUCGUGGCCCAGCUGCGCCAGUUCUACACCUACACCCUCCUCCCGGCGGAGUCCUUCUUCCACACGGUCCUGGAGAACAGCCACGCCUGUGACACGCUGGUGGACAACAACCUGCGUGUGACCAACUGGAACCGCAAGCUGGGCUGCAAGUGCCAGUACAAGCACAUUGUGGACUGGUGCGGCUGCUCCCCCAAUGACUUCAAGCCACAGGAUUUUCUGCGGUUGCAGCAACUGUCCAGACCCACCUUCUUUGCCCGGAAGUUCGAAUCUACGGUGAACCAGGAGGUGCUGGAGAUUCUGGACUCUCACCUGUACGGCAGUUACCCCCCCGGCACGCCAGCCCUCAAGGCGUAUUGGGAGAACGUCUAUGACCGGGCAGAGGGGCUUGGGGGCCUCAGCGAUGUCGCCCUCACUGCCUAUACUUCCUUCGUCCGCCUUGGCCUGCGCCACCUUACCAGCCCUGGCCCCCAGCCUGCCGAUCAGCUCUGCAGGUUUGAGCCUCGGGACUUUCCAUCCAGAGUGCACCUGUAUUUCUACGAUGACCGUUUCCAGGGCUACCUGGUGACCCAGGAGGUGCAGCACUUUGGGUCGGGACAGGCUGAAUCCCUGGAGAUGUGGCUGAUGCCCCAGGGAGCCAGGAAGCUAACAGGGCACAACGGCCAGGCCAACCGGCUGCAGAGCUUGGAGGUGGGCACCGAGUGGGACCCCAAGGAGCGGAUAUUCCGGAACUUUGGGGGGCUGCUGGGACCAUUGGACGAGCUGAUGGCCGUGCAGCACUGGGCCCGGGGCCCCAACCUGACCGUCACACUGGUCUGGAUCGAUCCGGCCUACGUCAUCGCCACCUCCUACGAUAUCACGGUGGACACGGAGGCCGAGUUCACGCAGUACAAGCCGCCCCUGCGCCGGCCCCUGCGGCCAGGGACCUGGACCGUCCGCCUGCUGCAGUUCUGGGAGCCCCUGGGCGAGACGCAGUUCCUGGUGCUGCCUCUCACUUUCAACCACAGACUACCUCUCAGGAAAGAUGACGGGAGGUGGUUGCACGCCGGCCCCCCUAACAGCGAGUACAUGGAGCAGAGCUUCCAAGGCCUGAACAGCGUCCUGAACCUGCCCCGGCCCGGCCCGGCGGAGGAAGCUGCCCGGCGGCGGGCGGAGCUGGCCGGUCCCGCUCUGGAGGACUGGACGGACAGCAGCUUGGGUGGCUUUUGGUCGGUGGCCGGCGUGUGUGGCCCAGACGUCUCCGGCUGCCCCGCCCUGGAGCCCUGCAGCCGGACCCGUUGGAGCUCCCUGUCCCCUGACCCCAAGUCCGAACUGGGUCCGGUCAAAGCCGAUGGCCGGCUCAGGUAGCAGGGGGCGGGGCCCGGAGCCCCGGGGUGUAGCACCUUAGAGACGGAUGGCGCGGGAACGGACGGGCGACGGGGGCUUUCUGCCUCCAGAGCUGAUUAGGCUCCGCUGGGUUCUGGCGGGCUGAAGCCUGGGCUCAGGAGUGGGCGGCCGGAGGCCACGGCUCUCUGGAGCUGAAGGCCAAACCAGCGGGCACCGGGGGUGCACCGGCAGAGUCUGCCCCUGUUCCUUGAAGUUGGGCAUACCGGACACCGGGCUAGGGCUACGGUGCCCACCCCGAAGCCACCACCCCCAGACCCUCCCCGAGCUGUCCCUGGUUUGACUGGGGAGGUUGGGGAAGAAGGGCGAGAUCCAGGCAGAUCAGCCCACAGGGACCCUGGGCCUGGCUCAGGAGUUGGGGGAGGAGGUGCAGAACAGACAGUGGAAUCUGGGGGACCGCGGGCUCCGGUCGUGACCCUGGCCCCGGGAGCUGUCACAGCUGCUUGAGAAGGGAGGGCAUGGAGAGGUGCACAAGGGGUCCUUGCGUCUCCCUCCCGUGACACCACCCACUCACCAGAAUAGAGGACAGGAGCGGGGGUGGUAUCUCACCCCUCCUCCAUGGCAAUCUCAUCCCAACAUGUCCCUUCAGCAUCAGGUGAGUGUCCUCGAGGAUCUUUCGGGGCGGGCAGCGUGGCCCUGAGUGCCCUCUCAACCCCAUUAGUGGUCCGGGGCAGUAGGCAAAAAUGCGGGUGCCGUCCUCGGCCGGUCCCUGGGUCUUGCCAGUCCCUGGGUGGCAGAGCUGGGGGCAGGGGCCCGAGCCCCGCAGAUGGUCCAUUUGGCAUUAAAAGGGGCCACGACAGCGGCGAGAGGCUGGGACGUGACCCCUGUGCACUGGAGAAGGGGGUUUAGUUCUUGAAUAUGCAAAAGCAGAAAUAUAUCUUUAUCUCUAGAGCUGAGAAUCUGUGUCCUCCCUGAUGUCAGUGGUGGGGGCUAGGAGGGCCGAGUCCUUGGUUUCCUGUCCUAAGCCCCACCCCUCUGGCCCCGUUCUGCUAGGGAUGUUGAAACCUCCCCACCAGGUUGGAGGCAGCUGAAGCUGAUAAGCACCUAGAUGACAGCCUUCUCCCUCAAGCCCCUACUCCUGGCGGACCCCAGCCUGAGCUGAGCCCCCAGGGUCGGGCCAGAGGGCGUUUGGCCCAUGGGCUGACGAGCCUGCGGGCUUGCUCGCCCUCUCCCUCCCUUGAGGCCUUGGACUCCACCUCUUCCACUCCCACUGGACUUGGGACCCAGAGCCAGGGCUCUCUGCCCGGCGCAGGGCCGGGGGCCAGGAGGAGUCGAACCCCUGGCGGGUGGAGGCUGCGGAAGCUGGCCCUGAGGUCCCUCUCCAGACCCCCGAUGUGACAGAAGUGACCAGUGGUGGGAGGGGGGCCCGUGGGGGCUUUUGCAAUGGCUGCGCCGGGCGGUACGAUUAUCUCAUUGGAAAAAGAAAGUAUAGGCCAUGGGAGGUCGGGCCCGCUGCUUUUGUAUCUGCACCGCGUGCUCCAUCUCCUAGGCGACGGCAGGCCCCGCGCUCCGUCGGGUUAGCCGGCCUCCUGUCCGCUUGGGGCCAAUAGGGGCUGAGACGCCGGCCAAUGGGCUGGGGGA